UAAUAUAGUGACGUAAUAUAUAUGCGACUACUGAGAAGCCAGCCUGUAGUUCACGCUCUUGUUUCUCCGUCAGAAUGGGGACCCAGGUUAAAGAUGUGGUCAUUAAUCCUGAUGCUCCAAACACCCUCUUCCUGGACAAACAUGCUGACUAUAUUGCAGCCUAUGGUUCCAAGAAGGAUGAUUAUGAGUACACACUGUCGGAGUACUUGAGGAUGAGUGGUAUUUACUGGGGCCUUACAGUAAUGGACCUGAUGGGUCAGCUCUCUCGAAUGAACCGUGAGGAGAUCAUAGAGUUCAUCAAGUCCUGCCAGCAUGACUGCGGAGGCAUCAGCGCCAGCACUGGCCACGACCCACAUCUCCUCUACACCCUCAGCGCUGUACAGAUCCUGUCCUUGUAUGAUAGCAUCAGUGACAUUGAUGUGAACAAAGUGGUGGACUAUGUCAAAGGACUGCAGCAGGAGGACGGCUCAUUCGCUGGGGACAAAUGGGGGGAAAUAGAUACACGCUUUUCCUUUUGUGCGGUUGCGACAUUGGCACUUCUGGGCAAGUUGGAUGCUAUCAACGUAGAUAAAGCAGUGGAGUUUGUACUCUCCUGUAUGAAUUUUGAUGGUGGAUUUGGUUGCAGGCCUGGUUCAGAGUCUCACGCUGGUCAGAUUUACUGCUGUACAGGUUUUCUGUCCAUCACUGGGCAACUCCAUAAGGUCAAUGCUGAUCUGUUGGGCUGGUGGCUCUGUGAAAGACAGUUGCCAUCAGGAGGCCUGAAUGGGAGACCAGAGAAGCUACCUGAUGUCUGCUAUUCCUGGUGGGUUCUUGCCUCUUUGAAGAUCAUUGGCAGAAUUCACUGGAUCGACAAAGCAAAACUGCGUACUUUUAUUCUUGCCUGCCAGGAUGAAGAGACCGGAGGCUUCGCUGACAGGCCUGGAGACAUGGUGGAUCCUUUCCACACUCUGUUUGGUGUAGCUGGGCUGUCUUUGCUGGGAGAUGAGCAGAUCAAACCAGUGAACCCUGUGUUUUGCAUGCCUGAGGAUGUGCUUCAGAGGAUUGGCCUCCAACCAGACUUGCUGAGCUAAGUUUAAAUAUUCAGCACGGCCAUUUUUCUCCCCUCCUUUUCCCUGUGCAGCCGGCCCUGUUCUGAAACCAGCAAACCGUAACCGUAGAAAGCACUGCACAUUGCUGUCAUCUUCAACCAAUGAUAGGAGCAUGAUUCAGAGGGACCAAGGACUUUAGAAACCUCUAAAACAAUCUAAAGAGACUUACUGUGUCCUUUUGUUUUGUGAAUUGUUCUCAUUAUGGAUGUACAGUAUGUGUGCAGGCCCUUAAGAGCUUUUUUCUGGAUGUACUCUUUGUUUCUUUAAAAAUGCUGGUCAGAGAGAUACAUCAGGACUUCACAGCUUUCACUGUAUAUGUUUAAAUGUGUUAAUUUAUGUAACUAAUUCAGGAGGUCACUUUCUUGGUUUUAACCAGUGGAAAGUUUCAUAAAUGAGGGGAGAGAUGUCUUGUCUGUAAUAGCCUUUUCAAAAUGGGUACGCAAGAAAAAGUCCAUUAUAUGCUGAAAAGGGGCAUCUAGUGCAUUUAUAUAGGUUACAUCACACUUCAAGCAGCAUAAACUUUUCAUGCAUUUGAGUAAUUUUAUUAGCUAAUUGUUUUAUUGUAGUUUAGAAUUAAUGUAAUGUUAAUAUCCUAAAACUCUUUUCACUAAUGCAGUUUAGAUAUUUUUAACUUCUAAAGUUUUUACACAAUCUAAAGAGCCCUUUCAUUCAGAUUGUUUAAAAAAAUAAGUUAUAUAAAAUAUGAAUAUUUAUAUAAGGAAUUAGAACUGGUUCUUGCGGAUAAAUUGUUGUCAGGUGUGACUUAAUUAAUCUGUUGGUGUUCUCCCCAAGGAAUCGAAUACUCAUCAACACAAGUGCUUCUGAAACCGAUUCUGAAGAAACUUUGAUGGCUUGCUGUUAUUUGCUGUUAUUCACUAGUGCUUACUUGCAUUUAUCAAUGUUGAUAUCAUAUAUAAAAUCAUUACAUUGAAAUGCUUACCAGUUUUUCAUUCAAUCAAGCUGGCUGAGGUUCUCAAUAAAUCUCUAAGGUUGUA